AUACUAGGUCUACUUUGAUCAUGGACCCCCGUACCAGUGCCCAGGACGUGAUGCGAUGUGACCUGUGUGAGACUGCUGUGGUACAGAUGCACUGUGAUACAUGUCUUGUCAACCUGUGCACAGCUUGUGUUGGAAAACACAUGAUAUCUGAUGAAUCCAAAAGACAUGAAAUUGUCCCAUUCAAGCUUCGAAAAUCUACUCCCCUCUACCCUGGAUGUACAUUUCAUGACAAAGAACAGUGUGAAAUGUACUGUAAUCAAUGUGACAUUCCUGUAUGUGCAACCUGCCUUGCUUCAGAUCAACAUCUAGGUCAUAAAUUAUUAAAAAUCUUACAAGUUCUUGAUGAAAAAAGAGAUAAGAUUAUCAAAGAACAAACUGAAUUAAAUGAUACAAUUUACCCAACCUACCAGGACAUUGCCUCUGAUGUACAAAACAGAAUGAGUCAGUUAGAAAAGGAAUAUGGAGAUCUCUCAACAGCCAUAACAAAACAUGGAGAGGACUGGCACAGAGAAAUUGACAAACUUGUCAAGAAACUUAAAGCUGAAGUUGAUGAGAUGAAAAACACACAGUUACAAACUCUACAAAAACAUCUGGAUGAAAUAAACAAGACAAUGUCUGACAUCAAGGAUGAAAUCAAUUCAUCUUAUACUGUUGUAGACUCGAAUGAAAUUUCAAAGCUUUUUAACUUUACAACUGUUAUAGAAACAUACAAAAAUCUUCCACAUAAAAUUGUGCUGUCUUUACCAAAAUUCAGACCAGACAAAAUUCAAGGAAAAGAGCUAAGCAAACUAUUUGGAAGUUUAUCAUCAAGUUCUCUUACUUCAGAUAAACAUGGCUACAGCAUGAAAAGAACACAGAAAUCAACAGAAGCUGGAUCCUCUCCUCCAGUCAAACAGUUGCUUGAUGAACCAGAGACUGUCACCACCAUAGACACUGGGUAUGAUAGACUUUACAGUGUGGCCUGUCUGAGUGAUGAAGAAAUCUGGACAAGUGGAAAUGGCAGCACCAUGAAACUCUACAGCAUCAAUCAGGGAUCACUACUCAAGUCAAUCACAACCAUGUCAGGGAACAGACCAUAUGACAUAGCAGUAACAAAAAGUGGAGAUCUAGUUUAUACUGAUUACAUUGAUAGAACUGUGAACAUUGUGAAGAAUGAGAAGGUAGAGGAGGUGAUCAGACUACAGAACUGGAUACCUACAGGUGUCUGUAGUACCUCCUCUGGUGACCUCCUGGUUAUCUUGGACAGUAUUGAUAGAAAACCAACAAAAGUUGUCUGUUACUCUGGCUCCACAGAGAAACAAACCAUUCAGUUUGAUGAUAAAGGUAAACCUCUCUAUUCAUGUAGUUAUAGUGGCAGAUACAUUACUGGGAACAGGAACCUGGAUAUCUGUGUGUCUGACUAUGUAGCUAAUGCAGUAGUGGUGGUCAAUCAGGCCGGGAAACUGAGAUUCAGGUACACUGGACAUACUCCUGCUCCAAAGAACAAACCAUUCACUCCACAAGGAAUCACCACAGACAGUCAGAGUCACAUCCUUACAGCUGAUAAUAACAAUGAAUGUGUCCACAUCAUAGACCAGGAUGGACAGUUCCUCCGUUACUUAGAUUCUGGACUAAAAAAUCCCAUAGGACUAUGUAUAGAUACAAAUGAAAAUCUGCUUAUUGCUCAAAAUCAUAAAGGACAAAUGAAGAAAAUAAAAUAUCUGCAGUGAAACAGUGCCUACAAAAUGCUGUAUUUAAUGUCAAUAAUUAAAUAAUUUCUCACCAUACUCUAUAAAAGAUAACAUUAUAAGUACAUGGAUUUUUCAUCUGAUUGCUGCAGGUAUAAGCAAUGAUGUUGAAAAUAUCAUGCAUGUUAUUGUAUGAGGGUCAUUCAAAAAGUUUGUAGACUUUUGUCAAAACAUUUUUAUUUGACGACAUAUUAUAACCAAAUUUGAUAGACAUACUUUAACAA